AUGAAUGAUGGUACACAAGUGCCGAUUGAUCCACUUCAGGAUCCGGCGCAGCAGGUUCUGGCGCAGAUGGCAAACGCGGUGGAGCAGAUGAGACAAAGUCAAUUGCACUUGGUGCAAUCGCAGAUCAGGCAAGCAAACCGUACGCGCUUCGGUGAGGCGCACAAGGUGGUUAGACCACCGGAGCCGUUCAGUCCGGCAAGUGUGGAUGAGGAACAGCAGGGCUGGUCAGACUGGGUCAUGAACUUUAAGGCUUGGCUUUACUACGCUGACCCAGAUUUUGAGGCAGAUAUCAACGCAGUGGAACAGAGUUUGGCAGAGCCUUUGAACAUGGCAGGCAUGGUGGAUGCCACACGCGAAAGGAGCAGGAUGUUCAUGGUCAUGGUCAACCUCAGCAUCAGCCACAGCAGUUUCAACAGUUUCAGCAACCUUACCGCAGUGACACGGCGUACUCACAAGCAUCCAUGGCAACAGCGACAAGCGGGGCAACGCAGAGCAGCAGAGUUCCUAGCAGUGCAGGUCAUUACUUUGGCGCACAACAAGCAUUGCAGCCCGGCAGAGCUUUGCUUUGAGGUGACCUUUGAUGAUGAUGCCCCGUUGCAGGCAUUGAAGGAUGAGGCCCCGGCUAUGCCAGCAGUGGAGGAUUUGAUUGCAGCAGAACAAGUGCGGCACAAUCUUGAGCAGGACCAGGUGCGCGUGGCGAAUGAGGCUCCUAUCCCAAGGGAGUGGCACCAGGAGACCACGCUGCGAACGGUGCUGCAGAGCAAGCUGUCCAAGGCGGGGUACGCGACUCCUCCGGUAACGCGGAAAUCCUCCGAGGAUCAGGACAUGCUACGUUCUCCAGCUCCUUUGCAGCCGGAGACAGUCUCUGACCCGGAUAACACUCAGCCGCGCCAAGGUCUACAUUCGCCGCCUUUCUUUGCAGCAGAGGUUGUGCAGAGAUCAGGGACACCGUCAAGUGGGCGGGAGCCCCCGGCUAUUCGCUGCAUUGUUGGGCAAGAAGAGUUGAAUCACGAAGACGAUGUGCCCACUCUGUAUUUUGCAGAAGAUGAGGUAGAGUUUCUGGAGGAUUAUGAUUAUGUGAUGGAGGAGACAAAGCAGAGUGCUGAUUUGCCUGAGGAUGGUUUGCAUCCAGACUUGUGUUUUCCGUAUGACGCAGCUGAGCCAGAAUUUCCGGAAGAGCAGCUGAUGCAGCUGCAAGCGUUGGCGGAUCAAGUGGAAAUUGCCCGGCUUGAGAGAAUGGAGGUUCUUUUGUCGCCGGAGACCCUGCGUGAAGAGGCAGCUGUGAAAGAGUUGUCGACAAAGUUCGUGCGAGGCUGGCGCAAGAAGCAGAAAGAUGGCGCGUCAGUGUGGUACUUGCGAUCGCGGCUGGUCGCAAGAGAGUACGCUUACAUUUUUGGUGCUUUGCUUCCCAACUUGAAGAAACGCUACAAAGUCACCAUGGAGUUUCUGGAUCAGCCAGGGGAUUUGUUCGAGUUUCUGAAGCGUGUUCAUUAUUGGUUGGAGCCGAAGGCCUUGGUGAUUCAGCCCCGCAGCAGCCACUUUGAGCGUCUUGCAGAACUCACCGAUGUGUCAGGACGGGUUGUGAAGCAUACGCCGCAUUUUCCUGGUUUGGCAGAGAUCGAUUCUUCCGCGGAGUUGGACCCGCAGACACGAUUUCGGAGCUGUGUCGGAAUCUUGAUGUACCUUGCAGGUGAUUUGCCAGACUGCCAAUUUACCAUUCGUGCGCUUUCGCAGUUUCUCGCGCACCCCACUGAAAUGAGUUGGAAAGCAGUCAGGCACUUGGUGCAGUACUUGUACCCAAGGUCAAAUCGAGGUUUGCGUCUUGAGGCUCAUGAGAAAGGUAUGGGUCUGUUUCAGCCGUUGGGUGAUUUGCAUCCUUACACUGUGGAAGCAUACAGUGAUGCGGAUUGGGCGGCCAACAAGCUCAACCGCCGCAGUACUACGUCAGGUGUGUUGGUGCUGUGCGGCAACAUGGUCUACAGUGCUUCGAGGGUGCAACGUACCGUGGCGCUCAGCAGCGCAGAGUCGGAGUAUCAAGCAUGCGUAAGUGUUUGCUGUGACGGACUCCUGCUGGCAGGUAUCAUGAGUUGGAUGUGGGACGCAGAUGUGCCAGUCAAGCUUUGGCUUGACAACAUGGCUUGCAAGGCAAUUUGUCUUCGGUCAGGUGCUGGCAAGGUGCGGCACUUGGCAUGCCGCAUCCUCUGGGUGCAAGAGAAGGUGAAGGCACGUCAGAUACUCCCUGCAAGUGUGCCUACGCGUAUCAAUGUUGCAGAUUUGGGCACAAAGAAGCUAGGGCGAGAUCGGUUGGAUUUUCUGCUUUGUUGUGUCAAUGUCUGGGAUUUUGACAAGCAGCAGCGUGUCGGACAGGAACUCUGGGACCGAUAUGAAGCAGAAGAGUUUCAGAAGCGUGCAAUUCAUAUGAUCAAUGCGCAGCACCAGUAUCGUACAGGCAAUGUUCGUCUGGUGCAAGGCCAGAACACUGAAGCGUUGCGUCAGGCGCUUGGAGGACUUUUGCUUGGCCAACUGUUUCAGGGAAGUUUCGCAGACGCCUUGAGCCCGGAGAGCCCAAUUACACGAGCGCAGGACAACAUGUGCUUGACUGAGCAGUCAAGUACUUGGAGUUGCAAUUGCGAUGCAGAUUUCAGUAUUUCAUUUCUUUUCAUGAUUUUCAUGCUUGGCAUGUUCACGUGUGCUGUGAUGUGGUAUAUUUUGCAGCGGUCUGGGAUCUGGAAGAUGCAAUGGCAAGUGCGUGAGAGAAAGGAGGCAGUGACACAGACUUGUUUGGCGCUUCCAAGUGCAUUUGGCACGAUUCGCAUUUUUGCAGGUGCAGCUCUGAACACCGGAUCAGAUGAUUCAGGUGUGGAAGACUUUUCAGGUGGACCUGAUGGCGAGUUGGACUUUGACAUCAGAGAUGAUGAGGUAGAGAACGAGUUGAGAGCGACCACAUUGUUUUGCUUGUGGCGCUUGGGACAUGAUUCGGAUUUCAGUUAUGGAGAUGAGCUGGUUUUCAAUGAAGCGGCCUUUGAUGGACGUUAUGUGCUGAGUGGUGAUGAGGAGGCCAUCCAGGCCCUGGCAGAGGAGAUGAUUGGAAGAUUCCUUGGAAGUCAGUAUUUGCAAGACUGA